AUGGGUGUGUUUAGUUUAUUUUCGGGUGGCAACAGCCAUGGUUUUGAUGCCGAUAAAUUUGAAAAAGAGCUAAAUGUCAUUGCUGGAAACAUAAAUAAAACAAGACAACAAUUGAACAAACUUGCCAUUCGUCGAAGAUCAGUGAAUAAGAAACUUCAGCUAUAUGUUAUACUAGGAUAUUUUUUGAUUUUGGUGUACUGUUUUGUGAGCAUUCCUAGAGAGAUUCAAGCAGCAAAUAAGGUUCAAAGGUUCAUCAAAGGUCAAAAUAGAUUUAACUUUUAUUUACUUCUUGGAUUCCCCUUUUUUCUGAUUUUGUUGAGAAAAGCAAUAAAUUUCAUAUAUGGAUAUUUGAUCAAUGGCAAAGAGCGGCAUUUGGGGGCGUUGAAAAAGAAACAUCUGGGCAAGAUUGAAGAGUUGAAGAAGAUUACCAAUUUCAACGCAACUAAUGAAUUGCUUAGCAAAUAUAGUGACGAAAAAGUUGCCCCUGUGAACGCAUUGCUUCAGCAGCAGCAACAGCAGCAAAGGCAAAAAGAGACGCCUCAAAAUAAGGCAUUGGAUGGAACAAAGUCAGGCAAAUUGAGAGCACAGGCUUUAAAAGAGAUGAAUAUGAAGGAUCCUAAAACCAAUAUACAACAACAGGCAAUCACACCCAAAAAUACGCCAUCAGCAACAGCCCCAUUACCAGCACCAGUAUCACCACAGCAUAGGUCAUUUCAGGAAAGGUUAUUAGAUAUGUUAAUAGGUGCUGAUAAUUCAGAGGCUAUUGAGCAUAGAUAUGCUUUAAUUUGUAGCCAUUGUUUUGCUCAUAAUGGAUUGGCACCGCCUCAUUGCGAAGAUCCUCAGUCGGUCAAAUAUCAGUGUUGGAAAUGUGGAAAAUUGAAUGGUAAAGGAAUGCUAUUUGGACAGGAUCAACAGCCACAAGAAGCGCAACAGCAACAACCAAGUGGGAAAGAAAACAGUGAAGAAAAAUCAGCGUUGCAAAAGGGGGACGAGACGUCAAAGGAUUUGCUGCAAAAGGGGGACGAGACGUCAAAGGAUUUGCUGCAAAAGGGGGACGAGACGUCAAAGGAUUUGCUGCAAAAGGGGGACGAGACGUCAAAGGGUUUGCUGCAAAAGGGGGACGAGACGUCAAAGGAUUUGCUGCAACAGAAGGACCUUACGCCUGAGCCGAUUGCAUCAACUACUACUGACCCCAAAGCUGCAACCAAAGAGGAAUAA